GCGCCAGAAUGGAAGGGUCCCUCCCCGCAGCUGCCACUCGUAGGUAAUAGCCGCGACUCUGCGGUCCGACCCUUACUAUAUCUUCUCUUUCCGCUCCUCCCCCCUUUCAUCCCUCCUUCAUGGCGAGGUCGAACGACAACACGAUGGCCGACUCCAAGGACGAACACAAGGACGCCGAUUACUACGUUCCCGCUAAUCGGCGCGCCAUCGUGGCCUUUGCCCUCGCCCUUUCCAUGUUUCUAUCAGCCUUAGACUCUACCAUAGUUGCCGUUGCUCUUCCUAAAAUCGGUGCUGAAUUCAAUAAUUUCGAGGAGACGAGUUGGGUGGUCACGGCCUAUAUUCUGACCUACACAGCCUUCCUCCCUGUUGUUUCCAAGCUGACAGACAUAAUUGGCCGUAAAAUCGUUUUAGUAUCCUCUAUAUUAUGGUUCAUGGCAUUCUCUGGCGCAUGCGGCGGAGCAAAGAGCAUCAUUCAGCUCAUCGUGUUCCGCGCGCUCCAGGGCAUCGGCGGGUCUGCGAUCUACUCUGGCGUGUUGACGACCAUAUCCACCAUGGUUCCUCGCGAAGAUGUUGCCAAGUACACUAGCGUUCUCGGUGCAAGUUACGCUCUAAGUAGUGUAGCUGGUCCCUUGAUCGGUGGUGCUAUUGUCCAGCACAUUCACUGGGGCUGGAUCUUCUACAUCAACUUACCACUGGGUCUCAUUGCAGCGGUUUUGGUCCUGGCGUUCCUCACCUAUCCCAAGCAGACGACCAUCCAGUUCUCUGACCUCAAGACUCGCGUGGACUGGAUUGGAGCCUUCCUUCUCUUGGCCUCGUCCCUUUUGCUUGCUCUCUCGCUGCAAAUUGGAGGAACUCCCGGCUACCCUUGGGUGUCCGCCACAGUGUUGACCCCUUUGAUCAUAUCCGUGUUGAUCAUCCCCGCAUUCAUCUUCGUCGAACUCAGAGUAAAGGAGCCCGUCCUGCCCCUGCGCCUCUUCACGUUCCGCUACAAGCCCGAGCCCGCGAGCGCACACGUCGUGAACCUCGCCGACCGCACGGAUCCCGCGAGCGGCGCCAAGUCCUACAUCCCGCCCGAGAACCCCAACUUCCUGCUCAUGAUCGCGUACACGCUCGCGCUCGGCUGCGCCUUCUUCUCCAUCAACGUCGACCUCCCGCAGCGCCUGCAGGUCGUCGACGGGCGCAGCCCCAUGCGCGCCGGCGUCGCGAUGCUCCCCAUCCUCGUGCCCGUCGGGCUCAUCAGCCCCUUCGCCGCCGUCAUGAUCGUCAAGACGCGCUCGUACCGCCCGCUCCUCUGGAUCUCCGCCGCGCUCGCGCCCGUCGGCGCCGGCCUCAUCUCGACGCU